AUGAUACUUGAUGUCGAUCAACUUCAAAACUUAGCUUUGAAACAGAUAGAAAUGAUACUACAAGCCAAUGGGAUGUCAUUGAAAAACUUUGGAAGCAUGCCUUUACCCACAAACACUGAUCUUUUUGAAGGAUCUACAAACCGCCUCAUGCAAGACAAACUUUCUUACAGUAAGUCCACAAUGACGGCUGAGCACAACAGGUUGUGUACUUCUCUAACGGCUGAACAGAAGCAGGUUUACAAUACCAUUCUAUCUUCUGUUGCGGCAAACAGUGGGGGUGUAUACUUUUUAUACGGAUACGGCGGCACCGGUAAAACCUUUGUUUGGAAAACUCUGUCUGCUGCUUUAAGAUCCAAAAGAAAAAUCGUUCUCAACGUAGCUUCAAGUGGCAUUGCUUCACUGUUGCUAAAUGAUGGAAGAACGACUCAUUCGAGAUUUUCCAUUCCAAUAAACAUCAACGAAGAUUCCGUUUGUCACAUAUUGCCAGAUAGUUGGUUGGCUGAGUUAGUGAAAGAAACAAGCUUAAUUAUUUGGGAUGAAGCUCCCAUGAUUCAUAGACACUCUUUCGAGUCUCUUGAUAGAACAUUUAGAGACAUACUGAAAACCGAAAUGCCAUUUGGUGGAAAAGUUAUUGUUUUUGGUGGUGAUUUUCGGCAGAUUCUUCCUGUUGUACCCUGUGGUUCCAGAAGUGAAAUUGUCAACGCUUCACUCAAAUCUUCGUAUAUUUGGGACUUUACUACAGUUCUCAGACUUACAUUUAAUAUGAGACUACAACAAGGCUCAAAUACAAGACAACAACAAGAAAUAAAAGAAUUUGCUGAAUGGCUUCUAAAAGUUGGCGAUGGAAAGCUUUCUGAACCAAACGACGGGGAGGUAGAAAUAGAAAUCCCAGACGACCUCCUAAUCAAAUCUACCCAUGAUCCGUUGAGUGACAUAAUUGAAUGCAUAUAUCCUGAGUAUGUUGCUAGGUUGUAUGAACCAAAAUACUUUGAAGACAGGGCGAUCCUUGCACCAACACAUGAAACGGUCAAUCUGAUUAAUGACACGAUGUUGGCAACACUUACGGGUGAACAGAGGGAAUACCUCAGUUCGGAUUCAAUCUCUCAGUCAGAUUUAAACCCAAACAUGAGUCCAGAUUUAUACUCUACAGACUUUCUAAAUAAAAUAAAGAUGUCAGGCCUUCCAAAUCAUAAACUGACUCUCAAGGUGGGUACCCCUGUCAUGUUGCUCAGGAAUAUUGAUCAGCAACAAGGUCUUUGUAACGGUACGCUAUUACAAGUUAAAAGACUUUGUGAACAUGUUAUCGAGGCAGCAGUUAUUUCAGGCAGUCAUGUCGGGCACAUAACAUAUAUACCACGUAUGAAAAUGACAAGUUCAGAUAAGAAAAUGCUUUUCCAAUUUCAACGAAGACAGUUCCCUCUUUCCAUUUGUUUCGCAAUGACUAUUAACAAAAGCCAAGGGCAGUCGUUGGAAAAUGUGGGCCUUUAUUUACCUAAGCCAGUUUUCACUCAUGGCCAACUAUACGUUGCAAUGUCGAGGGUUAAAAGCAGGAAAGGAAUGAAAAUCCUUAUUUGUGACGAAGAUGGACACCCAACCAAUCAUACAAUCAACGUCGUUUACAAAGAAGUUCUUCAAAACCUGUGA